AUGGCGACCUGUUGCCCCACCCGCCCUCUCUUCCAAACUUCCAAACGCCUCUAUCAAUCCCAACGGCGAACCUUCCUCCCAAACCCCUUCGCCGACACAUCCUCUCCGCCCCAAACCCUGCGCGCCCAACGCGUCCUCCCCUACCCCAGCGCGCCAAUCUACUCCAUAAUCGCCGACGUGCCCUCGUACGCCUCGUUUCUGCCCUACUGCCAACGCAGCGACAUCACGCACUGGUCCGCGCCCGACAAAACCUACGCCCGGCGCUGGCCCAGCGAGGGCAAAUUGACGAGCGGCUUCGGCGGCAUCACCGAGAGCUUUGUCUCGCGUGUAUAUUGCGUGCCGGGGAAGUACGUGGAGAGCGUGGGCGGGGACACGGAAACGAGUCUGGACAGAGAUGAGAUUGCGCACCACCUUGAAGCUGGUGGGAGCGGGAGUAGAGCUGGGGGUGAUAAUGGGCUGUUGAGGCAUUUGCGGAGUAAAUGGACGAUUGAAGAGCUGGGGAAGGACAAGACGGGUGUCUCGUUGGCGCUGGAGUUUGCGUUUACGAACCCGUUUUAUGCGGCGUUGAGUGGGGGUGUGGCGCCGAAGGUUGCGGAUGUUAUGAUCAGGGCGUUCGAGCAGAGAGUUAUGGCGCUGUUGAAGGAGAAUCCCGAGAUGGUGGGGGCGAGUUUAGCAGAGUUGGAUGGGAGUAGGAUGAAGAGGUAAGAGUGACAUAUCAAGAAGUUUUUUACAGCGCAUAUGCAUGGCUGGCGUCUCGAAAGAUCUACAUGGUGGGAUAUCUUCAAUCUACAAAAUACAUCUACGUGAAGCCGUUAUUCAUUGCCCACCAAAAAUACUACACCACUCAUGGAUGUGCGGUCACCAUCCUCCAAACCCGCGAUUCCUCCUUCCACCAAAGUACAAGUCGUCAUCAUAAUACCCAAGCCCUCUCUUCGGGUACGCACCAAUGCCAAACCUCCCAUGUCUACGCCUCCUUUGGUUCCCCCUCCACAAGUCUCUCCCAAGAUACUUCAAUUGGUUCGCAAUAUCACCUAG